AGCAGCCAAUCGCAGGCAAGACGCCGGGCGCGCGCACGCUCCCCCGAGUUUAACGGUCGCGAGAGGCCGCUCGACUGACCCUGACAUCGGCAGAGGGAGCGCCGGCCAGACUCUUGGGAGCUUAGGAUAUUACACAGUUCUGAAUGUUAGCAGCUGAAAAUGCCUGUAGACGAUGAAGCAUCUGAAGAUGACUCGGACUCAAUUUCUUCAAACAGUGAAAAAACCUACAUUUUCCAAUAAGAGAGUAUAACAGUUUCUGUACAUUAUGGAAGAUUUUGACUUGGUGAAACCCUUACAAAAAACUUCAUCUUCUCUAGAAUCUGAUAUAAAAAAUUCUCCCCAUUCUCUUGGACUGAACUUAAAUACUAAUAGAAGUAGUCCCCACCUUAGUACAAAUGGGGUAUCCUCUUUCUCAGGGAAGACCAGACCGUCUGUAAUUCAAGGUACAGUGGAAGUCCUAACCUCUUUAAUGCAAGAGCUCCAAAACAGUGGAAAGACUGAUUCGGAACUUUGGAAAAACUGUGAGGCCAGGUGGUUACAGCUCUUCGAUUUGGUGGAAAAACAAUGCCAAGAACAGAUAGUUGCCCGGCAGGAACAGUUUCACAACCAAAUUCAACGUAUACAAGAAGAGAUUAAAAAUUUAGUCAAGUUACAGACCAGUAAUGCUUCCUGGGCCUCCUGUGAUAGAAGUUCUUUAGGUAAACACACAUCUUCAGAAAGUCAAAUGGGUUUUUUUUCUGAAAACAGUGAGAGAAAUGAACCUGUUGUUAGUUACCCUAAGUCUAAGGAACCUGAAAUGCAGCAGGAAGCAUCCGCAUCACACCCAGACUGCAUCGUGGACAGCAGCUCAGUGAGCAGCGGGUAUGGUACCUUUUGUGUCUCAGAAUUAAAUUCCUACAAAUCGAAGGACCCUCAGGAGUUCAUGGAGCUCCAAGAGUUUUCUAAAGGACGGUACGGAGCGCCUGUGGUGCCGACGGAGUCACCUGUAGAUGGUGUAAAAAACAAGAGUUUUUAUAUCCAUGCUACUGAGGAGUUCGGUGCAUCUUUAAAGGAAGAUAUUUCCACUUUUCCUGGUGAACUUGAGCACAAUUUUCUUGGUGAAAGUAAGAUUUCGGAAGUAUACGGUGGAAAAACAAAUAGUAAAUCUAUAACAUCAUGGGCACAAAAGCUGAAGCAGAACCAACCAAAGAGAGCACAUGCAGAAGAGGGGUUUUCAAAAUCUGUGCAAGGAAGUGAGCAAAUCAAGAAAUCACCAACGGAGAAAUCUGACUUCACUGCUGCUACACAUCCUCGUGCUUUUUACCUCAAUAAACCAGAUGAGAGUCCAAAUUCUUGGAAGUCUGAUUCAGGAACAGGACUGACUGACUGGAAGCGGGAAGAGAAGGACACGUAUCACUCUUUGCCUGAGACUUUAGAGAAGGACGUGUCACCAAGCCAGUCUAAUACUAGUAAUGAGAUGAAGCUACCAUCACUGAAGGAUAUUUAUCAUAAAAAACAAAGGGAAAACAAGCAGUUACCCGAGAGGAAUCUCACCUCUGCUUCCAACCCAAAUCAUCCACCAGAGGUACUGACUUUAGAUCCAACGUUACACAUGAAGCCGAAUCAGCAGAUUUCUGGGAUUCAACCACAUGGCUUUUUGAAUGCCCUUGAUGACAGAAUAUCCUUUUCACCAGACUCUGUUCUAGAACCUAGUAUGUCUAGUCACUCUGACAUAGACUCAUUUUCACAAGCAAGUAACAUUGCUUCUCAGUUAUCUGGAUUCCCAAAAUAUCUGUCAAGUACAAAAACUUCACCAGUGGACCCUUGGAAAAAUCAUGCAUUCCAGAACGAAAGUAGGACCAGCUCCACGUUUCCUUCAGUGUAUACUAUUACUAGUAACGACAUCUCAGUCAACACUGUGGAUGAAGAAAACACUGUCAUGGUAACUGCAGCCUCACUCGGUCAGUCCCAGUUUCCAGGUACAGCCAACAGUGUCCCAGAAUGCAUUUCAUUGACUUCCCUGGAAGAUCCUGUGAUAUUGUCUAAGAUUAGGCGGAACCUGAGGGAGAAGCAUGCUCGACACGUAGCAGAUCUUCGAGCUUAUUAUGAAUCAGAAAUAAACAGUUUGAGACAGAAACUGGAGGCCAAAGAAAGUUCUGCAGUUGAGGAUUGGAAGAAAACCAAUCAAAUUCUUAUAGACAGAUGUGGCCAAUUAGAUAGUGCUCUGAAUGAAGCUACUAGUCGUGUGAGAACACUUGAAAAUAAGAAUAACUUAUUGGAAAUAGAAGUGAAUGAGUUCAGAGAACGCUUCAAUACAGCCAGCAGUGCCUCCAAAAUUUUGCAGGAACGAAUUGAGGAAAUGAGAACAAGUAAUAAAGAAAAAGAUAAUACCAUCAUGCGACUAAAAUCUAGACUGCAGGAUUUAGAAGAAGCCUUUGAGAAUGCUUACAAACUCUCAGAUGAUAAAGAAGCUAGACUGAAACGAGAAAACAAAAUGUUUCAAGAUCUUUUAGGAGAGUAUGAGUCCCUUGGAAAAGAACACGAAAGAGUGAAGGAUACAUUAAAUACAACUGAGAACAAAUUGCUUGAUGCUCAUACUCAGAUUUCUGAUUUGAAAAGAACAAUUUCAAAACUUGAAGCUCAGGUCAAGCAAGUAGAGCAUGAAAACAUGUUAAGUCUUCGUCAUAAUUCUCAAACUCCCCUGAGACCGUCACGUGCCAACACACUAGCAACCUCAGAUGUCAGCAGGCGGAAGUGGUUGAUACCAGGAGCAGAGUAUUCCAUCUUUACUGGCCAGCCCUUGGACGCCCAGGAUAGUACAGUGGAUAACCAGCUGGAGACCUGUGUUCCUGGGUACCAUUCUCCUCCGGAAAAGGAUUCUUCCCCUGGAAGUACACCAACAAGCUUAUUGAUAAAAAAACAGAGAGAGACUUCAGACACACCAAUCAUGAAAGCUUUGAAAGAACUCGAUGAAGAAAAAAUACUUAAAAAUUGGGGCACACAAACAGAGAAAGAAGACACGUCAAAUAAAUUAGUGAACCCUCAGCAAAGUGAAACUUCAGUCAAUGCAAGUCGGUCCCCAGAGAAAGGUGCCCAGCAAAGACAAAAGAGAUUUAAUUCUGCUUCACAGAGAUCGUCAUCUUUACCACCUUCAAAUCGUAAAUCAAGUACUCCAACAAAAAGAGAGAUUAUGUUAACACCAGUGACUGUGGCUUAUAGUCCAAAGCGAUCUCCUAAAGAAAAUUUGUCUCCAGGAUUUAGUCAUCUGCUUAGCAAAAAUGAAAGCAGUCCGAUUCGAUUUGAUAUACUUUUGGAUGAUUUAGAUACUGUUCCUGUGUCUACGUUACAACAUACCAACCCAAGAAAACAACUCCAGUUUCUUCCUCUAGAUGGCUCAGAAGAAAAAAAAUAUUCUGAAAAAGCCACUGACACCCAUGUUAAUCAUAGCUCUUCCCUUGAACUGUUGCCAAAUGGAGUGAAGAAACCCUCUGUGAGAACAGCCUGGGAGAAGAAUAAGUCGGUUAGCUAUGAACAGUGUCAGCCUGCUUGCGGAGCACGACAUGGUGAUGAUUUUGAAUAUACAGCAAAAAUUAGGACCCUAGCUGAAAUGGAGCGGUUUUUUGAUGAACUUACAAAAGAAAAGGACCAGAUUGAGGCAGCACUAAGUCGGAUGCCUUCUACUGGAGGACGAAUCACUUUGCAGACGAGAUUAAAUCAGGAAGCCUUGGAAGAUCGUUUGGAAAGGAUUAAUCGAGAACUGGGCUCAGUUCGCAUGACUUUGAAGAAAUUUCAUGUUUUGCGCACGUCUGCAAAUCUCUGAGAUUUGUAGCCAUUAAAUUUUGAGACAUUUUUGUUUGCACUAAUGUAUAAUUACGCACUCAGAAAAGGCAAACUAUUUUGUACUGUUUAUAGGCCUUCAAACAGUAGUUUUACAAUCAUGCUCUUCUUUACACUUGCUAUUUUAUACUUCAAAUGGCCACAUAUUUUCAAGAUAUUUUUGUUAUGCUCAGGAAUCUCUUGUAUAUUUUACUAUUUAAAAAGUAUUAUUUUUAAAUAGUAUAUGUCUCCAAUUUAUAUCAAGAAUAAGGAAACGUGAACACUGGAGGCAGCUUGUUUCUAAAUAGUGUUAUCCUUUUACAAUUAACUUUGCACACCAAUUUUAUAAACUUGUUCUACAUUGUGAAUAUGAUUUUUUAAAAAAUAAAUGCAUAAGAACAGCUUUCAUAAUGAUAGACUAAUACAUGCUGAAUGCAAAAAAAAUCUGGAUUUUAGUUGUGUUGAGGUUUUUUAAAAAUGAUAAUGCAGUUCCUUUUCGAAACAUGUCUUAGAGUGAAUAUUAGAAUAGUAAUAAUGGAAAUAAUGGAAUAUUGGAACGCUUUCAAAACUACAUGAAUAUAACUCAUUUUGUUUCUCUUAAACUUUAUUGUUUAUAAGGAAGGAAGAAUGAGAGGGAUGUAAUUCUCUAAUUUUGUCAUAUAUGUUAGUACUUUUCAGAAAAAGUUGAACAAUUGGAGAGCUGUAGCUUUCUGUCCAUCAUUCUGACCAUAACUUGUGUCCCACCCUUGACGGUAGGUUGAGAAAGCUUUGAGGAAAUGCAGGCCACCAUCCAGUGAGGUAGUAAGAGCAGCCCUGGCUUCCUCAAUGUGCAAGGCUUCAGCUGUCAGUCACUCGUCAUGCAGACAUUUGUAACCUCUCUCCACUCCCUCCACUCCUGCCAAAAAAAAAAAUAAAUGCUCCCAUAGUAGAUGUGGUAAGAACACUAGAUUGAGAUCAGAAAAAGCUACUCUGCUUGUUAAUGGACAGAGACUAUGUCUGGAUAGAGCCUGGUGCCUUUGUGGCCUUGCUGGAGGGCUCCAGCCCAUGGCGUUGGCAGCACCUCCUGGCCCUUGGAAGUAGCCCCUUGACAGGAGGCUGUGUGCUGAUCAGGAGCUCUAGCAGGUCUGUGUCCUGUUUGCUGGUCAAGUCUGGGCUGUUUAAGUCCACUUUUUGGUUGCCUGUCAGAACCUAGCGCCCACAUGUUUCAGCUCGACACAUGAUGAUAAAUGGACUCAUUCCAAACUUUCAAAAUUGAUUCCCAUUGAAAAUGCUCAGGUUUUAAGUUUUGCUUUACUUUUGAGCUUAUUCUUCUCCGCGUGUAGCUCUUAAUAGCAUAUAGUUACAGUGCACCAAGCCAACCGUUAUUCCAUUAGUGGAUAUACAUGCCUUCGAGCAGGGGUCUCAGAUGACCUUUGAGUACCCUUCACCAAAGCUGCACCGGCUGGAGCUCAGCCGGGGGCCCAUAGCCAUGCUCCUUCUCAGCCUGGGGGGCUUCUCCGCAAGGAGGGGCCGUCUGACAGCCCCUCUCCUGCUCCUCUCGAGAACGGAACCUCAGCUCCCAGCUAGCUCCUGCACCCCAGUUGAAGAUGCCUGUCUAAUCAAAAUUGCUCAUAACAGAAUCAAGUGCCUUUAUUCUUGGUAUCUUUUUCUAGCCUUUUUUUUUAAUCUCAUAGUGACAGUAAAGAAAAAGUUCAUUUAAUCAAGGUCCAGUACAGCUUGUGUCCAGACCUAAUAAAGGGAUUGACUUUACUGAUGAUGUUCCCUACAGUGUGUCCAGUAUAUGUUGUUAAGAGUGAACUUAAAAUUAUUAGGAUCUUUCAUUGUUCCCUAUUUUUAUUGUAAAGUCCGCUACCUUCCUAAGACUCGGAAAUUGCCAUUCAGAAGAGAUUACAGUUUUAUCUUGUCAAGGAGUUAUCUUCUUAGUAGUCUGUACUGGCUUAUUCCCAGAAAGGUAUUAAGCUCCAUCAACACAUUUUCUGUGCCUCUCUCUCAGAAAACAUGCUUUGAUUUUUGAAGUGUGUAAUAGAUUGGAAGUAUCAGUCACUUUUUUUUUUUUUAAUUUUUUCUCUUCAUAGCUGUGAAGAGGGAAACCAAGGAAAAUCGUUUUAGCCGUCUCUCCCUUCGGUAAUGCUUAACUUAGGACACUCAGCUCCACAACAACUCGCCCUAAAAGUGGAAAAGGUGGCCGUCUGAAAAAGCGACUCUUACCCCAGGGAGGUAAAGUGCUCUUGUUGCCGGCUGGGCUGAGCUGCAGUUAGUGAAGAGCUCAGUGAAUCUUCUGUAGCGGGAAGUGCCUUCUCAAAUGCAAAUAGAGUUAAGGCUCUCCUUUCACCUGGCUCUGCCCCUGCCGUUCCCUUACAAAGCUCCUGAAGUGGGGAAACGCCCUUUGGGAGCUCCAGUUAAAAUAUGUGUUCCAGCCGAAGCAAUAGUCAAUGCAGCUCAGAGGGCGAGCCGGGAUGCAGAAGCUGGGCCAGGGACAGGAGACCAGGCAGACCCAGGUCACACUUGGGCUCAGGCCUGCCUUCCUCUGCAGUAAAAGCUAAGAUGAACUGAUAAAAAGCUUCCAUUAAGGGAGAUUAUAUAAAGUGCCUGGUGCUUAGUGAAUUUUCAGUAAAUAGUACAUUUCAGAUUCAUACUGAGUUAAACAGAAUUUUGAAGUAGGGAUUUAGUACUUUUUAAAAAUAGAAAAGUAGAUUAUGUCCCCAGCAAUUGACUUAAAAACUACAUUGGGUUGGUUGACAUUUCUGUUAAGUGGUCUAAGAUGGUCUUUCCACCAUUUUGCAAAAAAUGAGCUUUCUUGGAGUUUAAAUGAGCUUCCCUCUUGUGUGAGAGUUAUUUUUUUUAUGACAAAAAAAAAAGAUAACCUGUUGAGUGUAAGUUCAGAAGCACUUUGAUCUUAAAACAGGUAAUUUGGAGUUAUUUGAUAUAAAUACAGGACAUUUCCCUUUGAAAAGUAUUGCCAAUGUAAUCAAAAUAAUUCCUUCCUUGAAUGUUCCCUAGUUAGCUGUCUAAAGGUGACAGCCUGUGAAGGCAGGACUGCACAAAGGAGGUGCCUGCCACUGGCCGUUAGAAGAUCUAUAUGAAUAUUAUUAUUUUAUAGAGUUUGAUAAGCAACCAAGACAGUCCCAUUUUUAACUCAGAAAAGCCCAGGUGCUUUGCUGAAUGCUAUUUGCAGUCUGAACUCUGCACUUAGAUAUGUAGUAAAAUUAGACAUUUUUGUCAUUUUAAUUUUGAGAUAUCUCAAAAACUGUUUUCACUGAAUUUUAAUGUGCCACUUAUGCUGUGAGUCUUUAAGAAGCUUUAAAAAAUAAAUGCACACCUUUAGGUGCCCUUUAGGAGUCAUAAAGGUAAAUCAUAUUUACCCAUCAUGAGUGAUUGUGUAUGGUUAUGAGAUCUGCAGGUCUGAUUAAACCUAUUGUAUUGCACACAUUUUGCAGGAAAUAAUUUCCUGCCCUGCCAAGAGUUGUGUGGCAGUUUGAUCAUAAACUCUACCCGUAUUCUUAGGACCUGUGUUACUAAGCUUUCCCCUUCUGAUUGGUGUUUUACUUCAAUAGACUCCUCUCCAAUGGGAGGAAUCAAGCCAUAAAUUUGCAUUUGCCGGACAUUAUACACCACAUCAUUGCUAUGAGCACAGACUUCAAAGAUAAUUGUUUUAUCUACACUUUCACAGUAACAGUGAGCAAUAUAAUGUGAAAACUUUGCUUCCCGUAGUGCUGCUGCUGAUUAGACAGACAAGUGCUUGUUGCGGUUAAAUCUGGUCAGAUCCUGGAGUGAAAUUGUAAGCUCCACGAGAGCAGGGACCAUGUCUCCUCCAUUCUUGCGUACAGGCACUCAAUAAAUAUUUGUGGCUGUGA